UAUUAGUGGAUGGUUCUCCAUACCAACCGCAGGGAAGAGAUCAUUAUUUUGACUGGCUGCACCACAGUUUCUCCACAGAAAUGUAUAACGGUGUGUACUCAAAAGCCAACUUAAGUCCAGCAUCCACAAGGAUACAUAAGGCAAAGAGCAAGAGCUGUGGCUACUAUAUGAAAAUAGUGUUCUUCUUCUCAUCACUGAUCCAGUCUCUGAUCAUUGUCAGCCUGGUGCUCUUUGUGGUCUAUGGACAGCCUCAAGACACAGUGACGGAGCAGAGGCUGAAAGACCUGGAGCAAAGCUUCAGCAAACUCUCGAUAGAGAACAUUCAGCUCCAGGCGCAAAAGAAGAACCUCUCCCAGGUGCUGAAUGUCACGCUUAUUGCAAAACAGACCUGCGAGAGAAACAGAACAGACUUACGGAGACUGUUAAACACUUCAUCUGCCACAAUCAAGAGUAUUUUUGAGCGACUGCAGAGUCAGUGUCCAAGGGUUCCAUUACUUAUGCCGUGUCGCCCUACUCCUUGUGCAUGUGCAGACACUAAAUGUCCACAGCUAAAAUUUUCGCAAGACUUGCUUCAGCAUGUGAAGAAUAACUUUACUGAGACAGUUCGAAUCAUGCAAAUUGAUUUUGAGACCUGUAAAAAAGAGAGGAACCAAUAUCACCUGGAGGCCAUUGAACUACGGCGGGACAAAGCUCUCAGUGAGGAAAAAAUAAAGUUGUAUGGCAAGAAGUGCAAGGAAGAUUUUGCUGCAUCUUUUCAAGGAAUGACAGCGGUUACCAGCGCAUUCCUGAUCAAGAUUGAUACCUUGUUCCCAAAAAUAUUUCCCUUUAAACUGACCUGUGAGAAACAACGUGACCAGCUUGAUGAAAUUCGGAACAACUGCAGCAGCCUUUCCAGAGAGAUGGAGGACAAGCUCCAGAAAUAUCUAGACAGCUUGGCAACCCAGGUCGAAAGUACCGCUAGGUUGCAAAGCAACUACGAAAUUCAGAACAAGCGUCUAACAGAGGAUAUCCAAAUGUGCAAAGGGAAUCGCACUGCCAUGGCUGAGCAGAAUGCCAAGGUUCUCCAGGAGAUCCAGGUGAAGCAUGACGAGAAGGUGCAACAACUACUACUAGAAGGCAAGAAACUAAAUGAAGCCAAACAGCUGUCAGACUCACUACUCAAGCUAAAAGAAGAUGAAAUCAAACAGCUCUCAAAUACCAUCGACCAUCUCAAUAACACUCUUGGUAUUUGCAAGCUUUUACGAGGCUCUUCAUCAUAUUCUGCCGGAGCAUCAAAUCCUCUCAAUUUACCAUACAAAAGUAUCUCAAAGGGAUCAUUAAAUAUUGUGUCAGGUCCCACAGGAGCAGGCACUAGUGGAGUGAAUACACUUACGUUUGGCAGACCAGACUUGGGAAAUCCAGCAGUUGGACCAGGUUCUUUAGGACAUAAUAGUCCACUAUUUACAGAUACAAGCAAAACACCAUUGGUUCCAGGUUUAACGGGCAAUUUGGGUCCAAACGGGGUAGGACCAGGUAUUCUGGGGUUAGGAGCAUCAGUGAACGGAGUGGCUGGACCAGGUAUGACAGGACUGGGUAGAACAGGAGUUAACCAGGGAUCCACUGCAAGUGGAGGGAGUGUGACAGGAAUGGGUCCACCAUCGUUUGGUGGAGGCAGAACCACAAGCGCUCAAGACACCAUGUUCACAGCUCAAAUUACCCAACAUUUGAGGGAGCUUCACCAGUUUUUAAAACCAGAGUGACUGCGGGCAAACUUUGCAUAUAAGAAUAUGCCUAAAUAUCUUCGUAAUGUCUAGACGAGAUAUCUGUUCAAAAGUAUUGUGCACUAAUGCUUAAAGCUAUAAACUAUGCCAUGCCGUACCUAAGACAUAAGCUUGUAUUAUGACACCUAGGAUGAAUGGUUGGAGUUCUGUUGCACUUUAAUGUCAUGUAAGCUUGUACAGAAAAAAACUGAUGAUGAUCUUGUGAUUGGCAGAGUUGGGGUCAAUUCAUGGAUGAAUUUUAAGCACAAUUUUGAAUUUUGAGAAGAAAGUGUGGAAAACACUGUUCAAAUAUAUCUGAGUACAGCUUCCAGAAAGCAAUCUCUACUAAAAUGCAAAUGAAUUUUUUUGCACAGCAAUAUGUUCUUUGUGAAAAAUUAACUCAGUUUAAAAUAGUUUUUAACAGAAAGAAUGAAAUGUAUUUUCUUCUAUUUCAUGGCGUAUUACUUAAUGUGACAUAUUUAAUAAUUACAGAUAACACUGCUGUAUGUUAUGGAGUUUAAUGGAAUUCUAUUUAAUAUAUUCUGUUUUCUGUACAUUCUUCUAAUUCAGCUCCAACUGUUCAAGACCUAUCGACUCCUACUUAAAUUUCAAGAAUGGUUUUGGAACCAGCGACCAGUUCUUAUUUUAGUUCUUUUUAUCAGUUCAGACUUUGGCCAAAUUCUGAGCUGUGUUUGAAUUACAGACAUUUAAUGUAUAUUCAAUUCAUAAAUAAAAGAUAGAA